UAACGACCUCUGUGGGCGUUAUUAGUGGUGCCUCCCAAAAUCCAUACAAUGACACUCGAGACUGAUGUCAAUGGUCGAACGUAUGUAGUGCACCAGAACGGGCAACGCACGCACUACGUCCGUAAUUCAUUUACUGACCCCUGGAAACCAUCCUCCACCAUCCUCAUCCAGCAUGGCUUCGGGAGGCAUUCUGAAUUCUGGUAUCACUGGAUACCCUUGCUCAGCCGCAAUUUCCACGUCAUCCGUCGCGACCUUCGCGGCCACGGCUUCUCUAGUUAUCCUCAAGAAGACACAACGUACGAUUAUUCAAUUGAGACAAUCCUAGAUGAAGUCAUCGAGACAUUAGAUGCGCUAGGCGUCGAGAAAGUGCACUUCUUGGGGGAGUCUACAGGCGGUAUCUUAGGGGAGAUCCUGGCCGCCAGGUACCCAGAACGACUCCUUUCCCUAACUGUAUGUUCCACGCCUACGCACCUCCCUCAGGCUGCCUUAGAUCUAUUUGCUUUCGGGAGAAAAGACUGGCCGAGUGCUUGCCGCGAGCUUGGGUCAAGAGGGUGGGCUGAAGCGUUGAGUCGAAUCCCAGGUACAAUCCCUAUAGAUGACCCUGCCUACCUUCCUUGGUACCUCGACCAGAUCAGUAUUUCGAGCGGCCAAGGUCUCGCAGGCUACGCAAAGUUCCUAAGCACACUAGACGCGCGACCGUACCUUCAGGAUAUACGCGUUCCGACUUUGAUAUUGGCACCCAGCCAGAGUGCUGCCGUGAGAGUAGAAGAUAUGAUGCAGUUGAAAGAAACAAUUCCAAACGCCCGCCUCGAGGUAGUACAGGGACCGGGGCACGAGAUCUACGUCACACAGGCUGAAAAGUGUCAGCAGGCGUUCCUUAAAUUUGUGGCGGAGAUCUAAAGGAAACGGCUGUAGGAA